AACUCAUAAGCGUGCAAUUGAAACAAUCUCGGCUCCAUUUCUGCGCCUUUAACAAUCAUCGCCCUCUACAUCCUGCUUCCAAAACCCUAAUUCUCUGCCGAUUUCCUCUCAAGUUUUUCUCCUUACGAUCAUGGCGAGCACUACAGAACCUACGAACUUGAAAAAAGAAGAAGAAGAAGAGGAUGAUUCAAAACCAGGGGCUGAAGAUGAGGACACUGGGGCACAGGUGGCUCCUAUAGUCAAACUGCAGGAGGUAGCUGUUACUACUGGCGAAGAGAAUGAAGACGUCCUUCUCGAUCUGAAGGCGAAGCUAUAUAGAUUUGAUAAGGAAGGCAACCAAUGGAAAGAGAGGGGCGUUGGGACACUGAAGCUACUCAAGCACAAGGAGAGUGACAAAAUUAGGCUUGUCAUGAGGCAGAACAAGACCCUUAAGAUAUGUGCUAACCAUCUGGUGCUACCUACGAUGACUGUGCAAGAGCAUCAGGGGAAUGAUAAAUCGUGUGUGUGGCAUGCUGCUGAUUUUGCAGAUGGAGAGUUGAAGGAGGAGACUUUUGCUAUUCGGUUUGCUUCUGUGGAAAAUUGCAAAUCUUUCAAAGAUAAGAUUGAAGAAAUCACUGAAUCUAUGGCAAAAGCUCCUGGGGAUAGUGAAGAAGGCACUGCUGUUGCCAACCUUAUUGAAAAGUUGAGUGUUGAAAGCAAAGAUACGGAAGAGAAGCAAGAGGCCGAAGAUGCACCUGUUUCCUCCCAGGACAAGAAGGAUGAAACUGAACAGCAGGAAAAAAUUGGCAGCGAGAAGUAAAUUCCCUACCCUGGUCUGGGUUCCCAUCGAACUUGGUUCAAGCCUUGCCUUGUAAGGUGAAUAAGAUAAUCAGAUUACAAAUAUGAGAACAUGAUUUUGCGAUUUGGAGUUGUCUGUUGGUUUCGGGGUCGGUUGGCUGUCAAAUGUUGUGCUUGGAGUUCUGAUUGUGGGAUAACUUUAGUACUGUCUUUUACCAAGGAACUGCAAACUUUGUUUUAAGGGUGCAUUACCCUAAGCUUAUAUUGUGUUUAUUGUGAACGGUCAUAUCUCUGAAGAGGCAAUGUCUAUUUAGUGACUUCUUUGAGUUUGAUCACAUUUCUAUUUUGCGUC